CCGCGCCACCACGCGGACCUACUAAGUAGUGGGAAUUGGGCAUUCCAAAUUGGUAGAAGAGGGGAUAAAAGAAAAAACAAAAAAACAAAAUAUAAGACAUUCAGCAGAUGUCUUUGAGACAUUUAUGAUUUAGAAUGUUUGUAAAUCUGAUCUUUUUAAAAUGUUUGGCAGAUGUUAAUUAGAAUGCAGUGCAUUCAGAUGAAAUGCACUUAUAAAGACAUCUUGAAGAUGUAGGUGUGCUAUCUGGGGUAAUUCUGGCUUUACCUCAAAAUUAUGACUUUUUGGCAGAAAUGUGCUUCCAUUUUCAUCUCAGGAAACUUUAAAUGAAAAGUACUAUUCAUUCCUUACUACAACGAUGACGACGACUACUGCUACUGACUGUAAUAAUAAUAAUAAUAAUAAUAAUACUUAGAAUAAUACAUUUAUUCUUUUUUUUUUUUUUUUUUUUUUUUUAUGAAUUCUGAGCAGUUAUUGGUUUAGAUCAAUGUCAGUUAUCCUGAGAGUGAAAAAAGAGGGUAAAAUCACUCCUCCACAGAAAUUACCAUAAAUACCAUGUGAUGUGGUAUCACUGGAAAAAAAUAGCAUACGCUUCCUUCAAACUCUGCCAUAUGAGUUGUAAGGGAUGAGUUGUCUUGUUGAAAACCGAAAGCCUAAUCACGUCAUGAAGAGACCUUCCACCACUUACUCAUGUCACAUAAAUACACGCGCACAGUACAGUUCUCUGAUUCAGAUUAAUCUGCUCUCACUUCUUUCUUAUGACUACACCCUCUCCCACUGACAAGGAUUUUAUGCUACAGAUAUUAGUGUAUUUCUGGAGAGAGUUCUGAAACUCUAACACAAGGACACUCUCAUAUUGCAGUUGAGACAGUCUAGGCUAAUCUUUUGCUCUUGGCAUUGGUUUGGGCCAUGCUGGACCUGAAGAAGUACUUCACGGAGGGCCUGAUCCAAGUGGCUAUCCUUCUCAGUCUGGCCGGGAUGCGUGUGGACGUGGAUCCUUACCUGCCCCCUCUCUGCGAAAUUAUUCAGGGCCCAAGUUUAGCUAUAACUCAGACCCAAUUGCACAAUCUUCAAAACAUCCUCGACGGAUAUAACGUACAUCCAAAAAGCAUAGACCUAGAUGGGUUAUUCACAGCCCGCAGGCUCUUGAGUUGGGUGCGAUCUCUUGAUCAUCUACAGGUGCCAGCAGCAGAGUUAGAAGCCUGGUUGUUCCACAGUGAGCCCGAGAAUGGAGUGUCUAUUCCAGCCCAGAUAGGCCUCCUUGAGCAGGGUGGUGGACUCGAGAAUGUGGAGGAUACCUCAGAUUUAAGCAUGAGGUUGGGAAGUGGAGGAGAAUUGGGAUAUGUCCUAGCUGAUGAUGAAACCCUUGAAACAUUGGGGCAUAUGUCAAGAGGCCUCAACCAUUCAGACCUUGAUGACAUAAAUAUAGAGGAGGGGGAUGAUAUGUCUUCCCUGUGGGAACAGGGACCGCAGCAAAACAUCCACCAGGACCAGUUGGAAAAUGUAGGAAUCCAACCUCUCACCUUGUUUGAUGAGGAGGAGGAGGAGGAGGAGGAAGAUGAGUUUAUGGUGGAUGGCUGGAGAAAUGCAAAUUCAUUUCACAUCCAAAUGUUUGGAGAGGAGGUACAGUUGUCUGGUGGAAGGGAGGACACUUCUCUUUCCAUUGAAGAAUGCUUGCAUCUCAUCGAUGUAAACUUCACCUCGGAACAGAAUCCAGAGCUGACAGGUCCUGAUGUUCAGAAUGUAGAGGCACAUACACUUCAGGUCCAGAGGCCCCUCAUUUCACCAUUGUUGCCUGAACAGGAAUCCACAUUCAGCCUAGAGCAACAAUGGCAAGAUGUUUUGGCCAUCAUGGAGUCACAGGACAUGAAUACAGCUAAAACAAUGGGUAAUUCUGCCCUCAAUAUGAGUGAGUCAGACAGGAAUAUUGGAUCCAUGGAAAACUUUAUUCAUCAGGAUGUUAGCCUACACCAAGCCACCCUGUCAAUAUCCUCUGAAGGUCCCAGUACAAACAGCAUCAUGGAUGAAAACUCCAUGCAAAACUUCAACUUUUUAGAAACAUCUUCUAAUGUAAAUGUAGCUUUUGAGAACUCUGAUAUCAUAGACCUCCUUCUGACCCCUGGGACUAAUAGUUCAAUUAACAGUACCUAUUUACCUACCUUGUUUGAGCAACAAAGCCUACAAAGCCCUUUAAAUCCUCUUUUGGAAGAAGCCAUGCUUGAUGAAAUUGGCCUAAUGGAUUUAGCUCUGGAAAGAAUUAGCCAGGCACAGCUUUCCCAAUUUGAGGAACAAAACCAAGCAGAUUCUGACUCUGGUUUAUCCAUGGACUAUAGCCGAAGCCCCACUUCCCCUAGUGGAUCAAUGUCUUCUAGUUCCUCAUCAUCAUCUUCAUGCUCUUCAUCACCUUCCAGCCCAUCCCCUGGUUUGAUGCCUGAGGAAGGGGCUGUGGGCUACACCCAUAUCAAGGAAGAGGAAGGAGCUGUAGGUGGCUACAUGCCAGAACAAACCAAAAUGUGUCACACAAGUUAUUUGGAAGCCAGGCAGUUUCAUCGUCUCCCCUGGCUUGAGCACAUUGGGCAUGAUCAUACCUACAACCAACCUCAAUCUUCCAGCCAGAAGAAAUCUCCAAAACAGCCAUCCGUUGACCCUUUCGAGGAGAAAAAGCUGGAGCAUCUGUCAAGUCGGGAUGAGAAACAUGCUCGUGCCAUGAAUAUUCCAUUCCCCAUCGAAUGUAUAAUAAACUUACCUGUUGACAAGUUUAAUGAGUUACUAGCAAAAUGUUGUCUCAAUGAGGCUCAGCUCACGCUUAUCAGAGAUAUACGCCGCAGGGGUAAAAACAAAAUGGCUGCUCAAAACUGUCGACGAAGGAAGCUAGAUAACUUACUGGGAUUGGAGCAUAGCGUAGACGGUCUACGACGCCACCAUGCCAGACUGCUCAGGGAAAAAUCUGAGAUCUCACGCUCUCUUAGGGAAAUAAAGCGAUGUCUUAACAGCCUGUAUCAAGAGGUGUAUGAGAGACUAAGAGAAGAACAAGGACUUCUUUACUCUGACAACUUCACCUUGCAGCAAGACAGCAUCAGCCCUGUUACACACAUAUCACAACGCAGAUUGGUUUUACACUCCAAACACAAACUUGGCAAGAGACAAAAAGACAAGAAGUGAAAGGGAGGACUAAGGUGAUGAGCUAAUGUUCAUUUGUUUUGCAGGCUAGACAAUAAAAUUACAAGGUCCAGUGAAAACAGGCUCAGGAGAAAUGCUCUCUGCUGUAAAGUCUACCUGCUGGUUUUCCACGGUUCAAAGGAAAUGUGCAUCAGGUGGGGGUUUUAACCCAAGGGAUCAUCCAUAAAGUUUCACCAUAGAACCUGAAAUUCCACAGAGAAGAUAAUGUUACUUUAAGAUCUUUAAGAGUUGAAUGACAAGUCAUAUUAUGCAAAGAAAUGCAUGGACAGGAGGGAAAUACAGACUGGGCUACAAAAAAAUGAGGCCUUUUCCCAAAUCAUGGACUUUAUGUAGAGGAAUGCACGGGCCUUAAAAUGAAACCCGGGCCCGGCCUGAACGAUACUGUCAGAUUAUAAACCCAAACCCGACCCGAAAUCGCUCACUAUCUUUAUAAUUUCUUCUCUUAGUAAGUACUGUUGCAAUAGGCUAUAUUUUAUGUAAGCAUAUAGGCAACAUUUGUAACAGUUUUGCAACAGUAAACAUACAGUUUUAACAAGGCACGGCAGCCCUUCAGUACACUAGAGCAGAACGGAAAAAAAGCAUUGACUUACCGUUUGUGCGCUGAAACUUUGCUUAGUGCAGAACAAUCUGGAAUAAUAUGAAACAAUGUAACUGUUCCCUCUUUACAGCUGAACUUGUUCAGAAUGUUGAACCUUUGUGACACCUGCGCUAAAAACAAUUUAAACGCAGCGCAAAGAAUGAAACAGAGCGCAGGUGUCUCGACAUGCGUUUUUGAAAAUGUGAAGUUCUUUUUAGCUUGACACAGUGUUUAAACAGUGGCGGCCCUGCGAUAGACGCUGAAGAAACAGCGACACAUGGCGCAACAGUCAAAGACAUUUGUCCAGCAUGUGUUUAGAUGGGAAAACUGAACAGAGCGCGCAAACACGUUUGGUGUGAACAGCCCCUAACUCGUCCAUUCAUGUGUGAGAGCGUGUGCGUGAAGCAAAUUCAGUAAGCCUGUUUAUUUUUUCAUUAAUUACAAACCCGAACCCCUACUUGAAAAACCCCGUCGGGUUCUCGGGUCCUGUCAGGCCCGGGUCAGGUUGCAGACCUCUAACUUGAUGUGGACUUGCCAUUGCAUACUUCAGAGUGGACCUCUACCCGACAGUCUACGUGGCAUUGUGUUUCCAAAGUGUGGACUUUGAGGAGGUAUGCAAGGGCUAUGGCAUCAAAUGGGACAGGUACUAAGUGCCAAAAAUGGACCCAAACAAGGUCAAUAAGUAAAUGGUAAAUUAUGAUACAUGGGAGAAUUCUCAGGAAUUCCUUGGAAUCCAAGUUUUAAUGCAUCUUUAAUACUGCUUACUGGCAUGGCCUCACAUGACAUGACAACCAUAAAUAUCCAGUACUUACAGAUUCAGAACUAUGGCCUCUUGCCAUAAACAACAGUAAAUUCCACAGAGCCCUUCAAGAAAUGUCUAAUAAAAUUGUGCAGGGUUUGCCACCUCAUAACAGGGAACACCUUCAUACUAUGUGCAUUUUACAUUGACCAGGAUAAAUGUUGGCUUAAUCAUCCUUGAGAAACAAGGUUGUGAAUUUUAAUGAUUUUUGCCCCACCAUAAGAGAGAAAUAGAGUUGUCUGUCUGGACUCCAAGGUCCACCACUGUGCAAGAUAAUUUUCAAAACCCACAACAAGGAGUGACGAUAGAUUAUAAUAUUUUAUCACAAUUUCAUGAUUCCAGAGGUUUCAAUAACUCUCAGAUUUUGUUGAGGCCCCCUAGUUAAGAACUACUGUAAUAGAUCAAAUUACUGUAACGUAUUGUUGUACAUGUGUACAAAAUAUAGGUUAUGCAACUUUAUUUACGAUGUGAAAUGUUCUGUAAAAUAAUGUAAUAUAGGAGGGGGUAAGAGGAGCUCCAAGAAGGAUGAAGAAAUGCUUCCUUUGAUACUUAUUGUAGAUUGGUGGGACAAGACUUUACAUCACUUGUUAAACAAAAGAGGCUAUACAAAUUGUCAAAUAAUUUAACUAAAGCCCAAUGAUUGGAACUUGAGGCUCUUAAGUCUGAUACAUCUAAAGUAAUUCAGAGUGCUAACAAAGGGGUAGCCUUGGUAAUUCUUGACCGUACUGCCUAUGAUAUAAAGAGAUUGAGAGACAAUUAAGUAACACCACAUUUUACCAGAAACUGAGGAGGAAUCCUAUAAAUAAUCCUAAAAAUAGUUUUAUAUACGCUCCCCAGAAUUCAUGACUUACAAUGACACACCUCCGGGCAGGCCAGUUGUCGCUGUCAUUGGUUCACUGACUGAAAAAAAUAUCUGCUUUUGCUGGUUAUUUUCUUCAACCUCUUGUAACAUCUCUUCUAUCAUACACCAGAGAUCCUAUGGAUUUUGUUAACAUUAUACAGUCCAUUCAACCUCCUUUAUGCUAUGUUUUGGUUACCAUGGACAUUGAAUCCCUAUACCCUGAUGUGCCAUUUGAGGGUGGUCUUAAAUCAGCGUUUUUCUUAUAUCAGCAAAGUAACAAUGUACCUAGUAUUCAUUGUUUGGUGGAAUUGCUUAAAUUGGUGUUGACAACUAUUUUCUUUUUGAUUCUGAGUUUUAUUUACAAGUGUCUGGAGUUAGUAUGGGUUCUAGGAUGUCUCAGAGUUUUGCCUCCUUGUUUUGUGGUUUGUUUGGACAGAAAAUUUAAUUCAGUCACACAUAUAACCCUUUUUUCAUUUCAUUAGGGUGUGGAAAAUGUAUAUUGAUGAUAUAUUUUUCAUUUGGAGUGGUACUGAAUCACAACUGUUGGAAUUUCUCUCAUUUAUGAAUGCUAACAGUAGUGAUUUGAAGUUCACAAUUUUUAGAUGUUUAUAUGAUUAGAAGCCAAAGCAGACAAAUGACUAAUCUAUAUCUAAAACUUAAGACAGAAAUUCUAUUCUGCAUGGGAUUUCUUAUCCUGUCCCUCUAAAACAGUCAGUUAUCUCUCAGUUCAAUCGAAUUUGUAGGAUCUGUAGUUCAGAUCAUGAUUAUAAAAUGCAAGCUUCUGACCUGACACAGCAGUUCAGGCAGAGGUCUUAUAACUUCAAAAUCAACAGAUACUAGGGUUAGUUGUUAUAUACAGUACUCCCCUCUCGCCAAACAAAUUGAGUUUAUUCUAAGGAAACAUUGGUAUAUCAUUAAUAGUGAUCCCUCCCUAAAGAUUUGCUUUAGUAGUUGAUGUGGUCAUGUGAUUUCUUGAUUGAUGCACACAGGUAUAUAUGGGUGUGUUUGUAAGUAUCAUUUUAGUCUGAUGAAGAGCAUGUAGCUUGAAACAGCACGUUUGCUUUUUCGGUGGUGAGCUCAUUAAAUUUAUUUGGGAGCAA